CGCUUUCUUCCCACUCGGAGGGACAAGGGUUGCUAGGCAACACAGUUCGGCUGGAGGGUCGGGGUUCUUCGUUCUGGACAAAGUGGCCGCGCCGGCGCCCCUGGAGCAGAGGGGCACCCGCCCGAGAUUGACAGUGAGGAGCAACACCGGGAUUGUUUCAAGAUGAGCUUCCUGCUGCCCAAGCUGUCUAGCAAAAAAGAAGUGGACCAGGCGAUAAAAAGCACUGCCGAGAAGGUGUUGGUUCUCAGAUUUGGGAGAGACGACGAUCCCGGCUGCCUGCAGCUGGAUGACACUCUUGCUAAGACUUCUUCUGACUUGAGUAAAAUGGCUGCGAUCUACCUGGUGGAUGUGGACAAAACUCCAGUCUAUACGCAGUAUUUUGACAUCAGCUAUAUUCCAUCCACAGUAUUUUUCUUCAAUGGACAGCAUAUGAAAGUGGAUUACGGAUCCCCAGACCACACUAAGUUUGUGGGAAGCUUCAGAACGAAGCAGGACUUCAUAGACUUGAUUGAAGUCAUCUAUCGAGGAGCCAUGAGGGGAAAACUGAUUGUCCAAAGCCCUAUUGAUCCCAAGACUAUUCCCAAGUAUGACCUUCUCUAUCAAGACAUUUAGCUUGACAGCGCUGCUGUCAGCACUGAAGAGAAAAGCACCUCCCGCAGCGGCGCCUGGACCCAGCCGUGCUGUGUUCCUGGAGUCUUUCGGAACUGUGGUCAGUGCCCAUGAGGAAGAAGAGCACAGCGGUGCCAUGUUGACCUGGAGCCCCUAAUAUCUACCGUUGCAAGCUCAGUCAGGUAACGGCGUCAGCUCUCCAGGGCAGCUUUUUAGACUUCUCUAUAGAUGCUUCUCUUUAGCACUUGAGCUGAGACAGAAAUACUGCUAAACAUUGGAUGGUACUGUGGGUGCAGCCACGUUUAUUUGACCACAAUUACGAUGAAAUAUCAUUUCCUAGAGGAGCAGGAAUACUUACUGUCUUAGCUGUGUGCCUGUUUAAAUGCAGCCAGUCCCCCACCCUUGCCGAUGCUUCCCUCGUCCGGUAAGCACUCCUUUCUCCAGGCCUGGUCACCAGUUUAUCUUGGAAUAAAUAAGCUUGUAUGAUAGCCAGCGAAUUUGUUUUAUUUUGGACCCCUUCUGACACAAAC